AUGGAGGAGAAGCGGUUCGAUCCGGAACGCAGACAAAACAUCGCAUGCAUGCUCUCUUCGGCCAGGCCGAAAGACACUCAGCGAAUAUUUUUCGAGGAAAAAUUCUCUUCAUGGAUCAAAGCAGUCCGCUUCUGGGCUCUGAUGCAACGGUUGAUUCGGAAGGCUCAAGGAGCGAGAGAUCGAGUUUCCCAAGGGAUCUCAUUUCGAGCGUCGCCUCCACAGAGCAGAGACAUCUCCUUCAACUCAAGCGAAUUGAUCUCAGCUAGGCUCUCACUCAUCCAACUGAUCCAGAAGUCAUAUUUCAAGGAGGAAUUCGAGAGCAGCUGCAAAUCAAUCAAACGCGACAGUCCCAUCUAUCAAUAUAACCCCUUCAUCGACGAAAGCGGCAUCAUACGCUGCAAAUCACGCCUAGAGCGUUCUCCACAUUUGUCAGGCGAUCAGGAAUUCCCAAUCAUCCUGCCAGGCAAUUGUAAUCUAUCCAGACUCAUAGUCCAGGACAUUCAUGAACGCAGAUGCUACCAUUUCGGGGGAAUGAACAUGAUCCUACAGCUACUACGCGAAGACUUCCUAUUGAUCCAUGCUAGGAAAAUCGCGCGGCAGGUUCUCAAGACCUGCGCAAGAUGUAGAAUCUUCCACAGCGAGGCUGCAAAUCUUCCUUCACCCCCGCUACCCCCCUUCAGACUCGAAGAAGCACCCCCAUUCUACCACACGGGAUGCGACUUCAUGGGCCCAAUCAGAUACAAGAAGGAUUCUGGCGAGGUCGGGAAAAGCUACAUCCUUCUCAUGACCUGCGCGGUCAGCCGGGCAAUCCAUCUCGAGCUGACAUCAGAUCUAUCUACCGUCGAAGUCCUAGGGGCGCUACAAAAAAUCAACAGAUUCCCCGCCGUCCAAACCAUCACUUCAGACAACGGCCUCUCCUUCCAGAGAGCCGCAAGGGAACUGAAACUAAUCUACGAACACAUCAAGGAUGGGGAAAUCAAACGUUGGUUAGCCAAUUCAUUCAUCGAAUGGCGCUUCCAAACAGCGGCGGCCCCAUGGUUCGGCGCAAUCCUCGAAAGACAGGUUCAGACGGUGAAAAGACCACUUCGGAAAAUAUUAGGCUCGGCCAUUCCACACUUCCGAGACCUAGAAAUCAUUAUCUCAGGGAUAGAAGCGAUGGUGAACAGCCGACCGAUCACAGCGGUAGCUUCAGGAGCUGACGAGGUCGAAGCCCUCUCCCCAGCAAACCUACUAUUCGGUUACAAAGGGAAAACCAUAAUUCCGGAACACCUCUCGAAACCCAAGAGGUCAGCAGACUUCGACAAGGUCGUCUUCUCUAGGAGAUGGAAAUAUCAACAGCGCCUCCUCAGCUCAUUCUGGAGAAGAUACCACGAAGAGUACCUGCAAUACCUGAAAACAGCCCACAAACAAAACCCAACCAAGGCGAGGCCACUGAAAAUCGGAGACGUGUGCCUACUCCAAGGGGAAAAUUUCAACAGAGCACUCUGGCCACUGUGCAGAGUCAUCAGCUUCCCAGAGAACAUCAAACCAGAAAAUGCCAGAUCUUGCUUCAUCAAGACAGCCAAGGGCCAAACCCUCAAUCGCCCAAUUAGAAAACUCUACCCCUUGGAAGCCUAA